AUGGCUGAAACCCCAAUGGAGGGGGUUCACUGGAGUCUGGAUGGAAAAGAUGCUGAUUGGUUCUUUUUGGACGAAAGAAGCAUCCGGCUGAACACAUCAGCUGACAAGGUUCUUGACCGAGAGGCUCAGGGUCCUGUUCUAAUGGCUGAGUUAUCAUGUUAUGAGGACGACGCACUUCAGAGUGUGUACAGGAUCAUGGUGGAGAUUCUCAAUGAGAAUGAUAAUUCACCUGUGUUUUCAGAAGAUAUGGUCCAUUCUCUUACCAUCAGUGAGCAGACUCAAGUGAACACUGUGGUGUUUACUGUCCAGGCCACAGAUGCAGAUAAUGACAAGAUCAUUUACUCCAUUGACCCGGCAUCGCCGGAUGCAGAGUACUUCAAGGUUGAUCUCCCCAACAGUGGAGAGGUGAUACUGUCCAAGCCUUUAGACUAUGAGACCAAAACCCUGCUUACGGUCACCAUCCAUGCCUCUGAAAUGAGCACUGCUGAGCACUUCAAUACCAGCACCAACAUCACCAUCAACAUCCUGGAUGGAGAUGACCAGUACCCACAGUUCAUGCCCUGCCAGCUGCUUUUCGAGGAUGAGACCAGUCGCAUCUGCACCAGCCCUGUGUACACAGUCAAUGUCACAGAGGGGGAAGAGGAGGUUGUCUUGGACUUCUCUCCUGGUCCCAUUCAUGCAGUGGAUGGAGACAGAGGACUUAGCUCUCCACUUAGCUAUGCCAUUAUCUCAGGAGACGAUGAUGGCCGUUUCCUGAUGGACAGAGAAACGGGGGAGGUGAAACUGAUUCACGUGGUUGGAGACAGACUCACAACUCCAGAGCUGCAUCUACAGGUCAUGGCAUGUCAGGACGACGACCCCAGGAAGUAUUCUGUUGCUUCAGUGUUGGUCCGAGUUCUGGCAGUGAACCAGUUUUAUCCAGAGUUUAAUUUGGCUGAAUAUCAAGGCUUUGUAAUUUCUGGAAAGAGCGCUGCCUCUCUGGUCAAUACUUAUGGCAGCAAAGCACUGAUGUUAUAUGUAGAAGAUCAAGACUUUAACCAUGGCUUCAAUCCCAUGAUCCGCUUCACCUUCAGUCCGAGAUCCAAUCACACAGAAAUCUACCAAAUCACACAGGAGGGUCUUCUGAUCGCCAGGACUAAUCAGCUACAACCAAAACAGAAACACAUUCUAGAGGUAAUGGCUAGAGACCAGGAGUCGGGAGAUGCCAUUUUUGCUACUGUCGUGGUGGAGGUGUUGUCUGAAGGACAAUCAAUCCCUCUUAGUCCACUUGGAAAUUCAAAUCCGAUGAGCUGCACUUUGGGCAAAGCCUUGUUUCUGAGCAUGGUGUUCAUGGCUGGACUUGGAUGUAUCCUGUCUUUGGUGAUAUGGCUGAAGAAGAAACACAAGGGAAAGCGGAACCCCCUGCAAAGAGGCUGUGUGGCUCAAGGCAAACACCCCAAUGUGAGCUUACGGUGGUUCCAACUGGUGAGUCACCGUAGCGGCAUGCAGCACGAGGAGGAGGUCCCCAAAAACAAUGAGGAAUAUGGAACAUGUAACCCUUCCUUCAGCUUCUCAGACAAUUCUGGCAUCUACACCCACCAAGACAUCCCCUCAUGCCGAGGACCUGUUCUACCCAGAACGGCGGCUGCACCCGACACCAGCUUCAUCCCCAAUGAAAGUGCUCUCAACCCUGUGAUCUUGAACAAUAAUGUGUUUACACCAAUCAAAAGCUCCUCUUGUUCACCCACCCUACACCCAGCCACUGUGGAUGAGCGGCCCACACAUAUAGCUCCACCUGAAGAAAACCUGGGCUCACCAACUGAUAUAUAUCUUGACCCUACCGAGGCACUACCUAACACCAGUCCUAGCCCUGCAACCCCUGAGGCCACUUCCACUCCACCGUUCACCUGUCCUGAUUCACAAACUACAGAAACAACCAGCAACGAUGACCCUGAGGACCCUGUCACCAGCCCCUCCUCUCAAUGCAGUGUUCCAUGCAGUCAUACGCGAAUUGCUUCAGCUGAAAUAGACAAACCUUUCCGCAAACCUCGUGUGAAGACACCCUCGUAUUCACCUUUACUGUGCUCACCCCUCCCCAAGCAGAAGGGCACACCCCCACCUACCCCUGAGCACGCUCCUUUAACAGCCAAGCGUGUACACAUAGAUACAUCUCCCCUUGAUUCACCUCCUGUAACACCAGAGCAAUCCAUGGAUCUAAGCACAAAGGUAGACCAACCUUUCACAUCACUGGACCAAAUAGAGCAAUCAGAACACCCCGGUGGGACUUCAGACGCCGGCAGUUCGUCUCAGGACAGGAGGCCCUCGACAAACUCGGGACACACGCAGGACAUCCGUGCGGCAGGAGAUGUCAAUGAUGAUGGUUUUCUAGGAGAUGAAGAUGCAGACAAGCAUAGUGAGGAUGACGAUGAUGAGUUAGAUCCAGCCGAUGAAGAGCUGCUGAGAGUGAUGGCUCGUUGUAAUCCCAUUUUUAUCACAUUUAAUAAGUGA